UUCCUCUCGCGGUAACGGGCGAGACUUGGAGCCCGGGGAUUCCCCGGCACAUGGGUGCUGUGCUGUGCCUUGCUUGGCGCCCGGGGAUUUUCAUUUGGAAGCGAUGCAGAGGCGAGGAGGGAUGGAAGACCCUUCGCUCCUUGAUUCCGAUUUCGGGAUGAUGGAGAUGGACCCAAACGAAGUCUUGGACCUGGUGCCCAUGCCAAGCUCCCCUCUGAGCCAGGACACCUUCCAAACCCUGUGGAGCUCCUUACUGGACGGAAAAGAGGAUCAGUCCCUUUUGAAUCCGGACCUGCCGUAUCCCAUGUCCUAUGAGGAAGGGACCAGCCCGAAGGCAGCAGAAGGGGACUACAGCACCCUCGAACCCGUUUCAUCGGUGUUCGUCUCGACACCCAUCAUCCCCUCCACCGAGGACUAUGUUGGUGACCACGGCUUCGAGCUGGCCUUUGAGCAGUCGGGCACCGCCAAGUCCGUCACCUGCACCUAUUCUCCAAAGCUCAACAAACUUUUUUGCCAGCUGGCCAAGACCUGCCCCAUCCACAUCAAAGUGGCCAACAUGCCCCCUUUGGGUGCCGUCAUCCGCACCAUGGCCGUCUACAAGAAGUCCGAACACGUGGCCGAAGUGGUGAAGCGCUGCCCACACCACGAGCGUUCUCAGGAGUUCAGCGACAGCAGUGCGCCAGCUGAGCACCUCAUAAGGGUGGAGGCCAAUCAGCAGGCCAGAUACAUUGCCGACCCAAACAGGCGCCACAGUGUCAUCGUCCCAUAUGAACCGCCACAGGUCGGGACCGAUAAUACUACUUUAUUGCUCAAUUUUAUGUGCAAUAGCUCUUGCAUGGGAGGCAUGAACCGGCGUGCCAUUUUGGCCAUCAUCACUUUGGAGACUCUGCAAGGUGACCUCCUCGGACGCCGCUGCUUCGAGGUCCGGGUUUGCGCUUGUCCCGGGAGGGACCGGAAGUCGGAGGAGGAGAAUGCCCUGAAAGCAGCCGUCCCUAAAGGGAAAUCCAAAAAAGUUGUUCUUCCAGCUCCUCCUCGGAGCAACUCUUCUGAAAACGCUAAGAGAUCAGCUGCAGGGUCUUCCAACCACGAGACCGAAAGCGGACCCUAUAUCCUCCAGGUCCGCAAUCGGAAACACUACCGGAUGCUGAAGAUGAUCCUGGAAGGGCUUGAACUUCGCGAGAAGCAGCAAGGAGAGGAGGAAGAGGAGGCGGAGCCAGAAACCCGCUGCUUGCCAAAGGCUCCAAAACGGAAGAGGCUCAGAGUGAAGAACGAGAACCCAGAUUCGGACUAAGGAUGCUACAUCAGCCUUUUUUUAUGACCCUCCUCAACCCCGUUUUUAUCCUUUUAAAAAAAAUUAAAUCUGCUGCUAGUCAAUGGUCCUAUAUUGGGAGCCAUAUCUCUCUCUGUAUUCUCGGUGGCUGGAGGGGAAAGGACUCUUGCAUGGUCUACACUGAUUGAAUGGGGAAAUUGUCCUAUAGUAUUAUAUAAUACUAUAACAUUGCUUUGGGACCUGAUCCAUCGCGGUUUGCAUUUCCGGUUCCCUACCGUUCUGCCAAAACUAGGGUAGGAUUUGAAUGCGGUUCUUCCGUUGUGUGAAUGCAUUGGGGCAUUGACUGCCAUAGCAUUGAGUACACUUCCUUUUAAUAAUGGAGAUUCAGUGGUUUGGUCCUUCUCGGUUAAUCCUAAUCUUGAACAGACCCAAUGAUUUCAAAAGUUUCAUGGCCAGUAAGUACAAAAGUUUGCAUCUCAUCCAUCUGUUCAGUGGGAGGAAAUGCUAUUUAGAGUAAUUCUAAGCCUGGCCACUAGGAGGAGCCCUGCCUCAUUAUCAAUCACAGACUUGAAAUAAUAACAGUAUUUUCUCAAAUAAGUGACCUUUCCCUAUCAAACCCAUGCAUUAGGAGUUCCUCUCCACUCACCUCUAGCUAGAGGUAUUUUUUUAUAUAAUUUAGAUAAGCUUGCUAUCUUUGUGCCUGCUUUCUGAACCUUCCCAUUUUGUAGUAAUCCCUGUUUUUUAUACCAAAAUAAAAUCGCAUUUGUUUUUCCUAA